AUGAUGUCAUCAGAUAUAACCACCACUACAAACCUGCCAUCAUUCGGCAUAAGCAACAACAAUAAUAAUAACAACCACAACACGCGUUCGGCUCAAAUGAUUAAAAUAAACUCCCCACCUCAUCAACAGCAGCAUCAACCACAGUCAAAUACCCCAAAACACAAACUGCCUCCACCUGUCCAACAAUCACAAUCUUUUGCAAGCUUACGUCGUUCAUCACCAGUACCAAAAGAUUUAAAAAUACUCUGCAUUAACUUUAAUCAAGAUCAUGGAUGUUUUGCCAUUGGUCAUGAAUUGGGCUUUCUUGUCUACAAUACAGACCCUAUAGAACUACGGGUAAAACGGAAUUUUAGUGGUAAUAUCAACACGCCAUCAAGAUACAAUUUGAAUGUUGUAACUGCAUCUAAUACAACUACUACUACUACGGCAGGAUAUGGAUCCGGUAUUGGUCAUAUUACUAUGUUGCAUCGAACUAAUUAUUUGGCAAUUGUUGGUGGAGGAAUCAACCCUCGUUUCCCUACGAAUAAAUUAAUUAUUUGGGAUGAUUUGAAGAGAAAGAAUAGUUUGUCAUUAGAGUUUGACAAACCAGUGCUCAACAUUCUUUUAUCGAGGAUCAAGAUUGUUGUUGUAUUAGUCGAUGAGAUUAUAGUAUAUUCAUUUGCAUCUCCACCUAAAAAGUUAAUCAGUUUUGAAACUCAUCAUAAUGAAUUUGGUGUUGCCGACAUGUCGGUCACAACUUCAACUAAAUCGACACAAAAGAAACCUCGUGCAUACUCAGAUACACAUACUCAAGAUCAGUUACAUCCCACAGCUCGGGGUAGUCAUGGAUCAGUUUCGAGUGCAGGUUCGGCAACUAGUAACACAUCAGUGACUAGUGGUACCUCACUCAAUAGCAUUUUAAACCACAACAAUAAAAACAGCAACACUCAGCAACCAAGUACUAUUCUUGUAUUCCCUGGUAAGGCAAUCGGGCAAAUUCAAAUUGUUGAUCUUGCCCAACAACAACCAGGAUCAUCUAUCAAUAUAAUCAAAGCUCAUAAAUCAACUAUACGAAACUUGUGCAUAAAUAAGUCAGGAACAAUGGUGGCUAGUGCAUCAAUAUUGGGCACUUUAAUUCGAAUUCAUUCUACUUCAACUACAAAUUUACUUUAUGAGUUUCGUCGUGGGAUAGAUAAAGCAGAUAUCUCGUCGAUGAAGUUUAGUCACGAUGAUUCUAAACUUGCUGUGUUGUCUGACAAGUACACCCUUCAUAUAUUCAACCUAGAGGAACAACGCCAUCGGGAACAACAGCAUCAAGAUCACCCACAACAAGAGAAUAAACAACAUACAUUGAAUAAAUUCAUCAGUUUUCUUCCAUCUACGUUAGUUCCGCAAUAUUUCAAAAGUACAUGGAGUUAUUGUAGUAUCAACACCAACAAGUAUCAUCAACAAGAACUGGAAUUGGACAAAGGUACAUUGGGAUGGGUUGGUGAUGACGAAGUGGUUAUUGUUUGGCAAAAGAAGAAAAUAUGGGAGAAGUACACCAUAAUGAAGAAGACAAAGCAUAGUGGUGGUGAUGUGCUAGAUAUGAAGGAACUGGUUGAGUAUGAAAUUGUUAGAACUAGUUGGAAAUCAUUAGAUAAUGAGUGA